CCCAUCGAGGGAUGAAUGUUGCAGACUACAUGCUUCUCUAGUUGGACCAACUAUAGUAACAACCGCAUGAUGUCUUUUCUUGCAUAAAUGGCAAUAAAUGUUUUCUGAUUCUUAGGAGCCAUAAACAAACCUCAAUCAAAACGCCACUCUAUAGCCACAAAUAAUGCUCAGAACAGCACCUAACUUCAUCAACAGUACAUAUAGGGUCAAAGCCAUGGGUGUCUAACUCGGUUUUAUGGUGUGUUUGACCCUAAAUUAAUAUUACACUGGAAUAUCCCUUUAACAGACUUGAUAAAAUUGAUAAAAUUGAGUGAUGCAAACCUCUUUCUAGGUUUCCUUAUUAAUAAUACAACAUGCUCUCUCAUGUUUCAAAGGCUCCUAUUGUUGGGCUUUCCUGCUGCAAGAGGGGGAAGUCUGAUUACAAGAGGCCUGACUGAAGCCAGUCAUACAUGCAGACAAGGAGCCAUAAAUAAAACCUGAAAGUUUCCAUCACUCUCUCCAGGUAACUGAUUUAGAUCUCACCUUGGUUUGCCAGAAUAAGAGAUUAAUGCAGGAGUUUUUAUCACAAAGGUGCUUAAAUCAUGUGGGGAGAGAAAAAAAACAAAUGCUGGUGAAUUAUCAUUCAAAGGACUCAGGAGAAGUCACCGUCACAGUUUAGUGUAUAUGAAAAGAGAAGGCAUGGUAAAGAGAAGGCUUAGUUUCAGUAAUGAAGUGGUUAUAUAACUUAAAAUCACACUUCUGCUUAAGCACAAAUAACAAUUGAGGAGUGCCACACACACACACACACAACACAGCAGCACACAACAACAGCUUAACAUUAAUAUUACAGUGCUUAAUGCAGAAAGUGUGAGAAUAUAAACUUUCUUGAUGUUUAGAUCAAAUCAAAGAUGACUUUCUCUUCUGCUUUUAACAGAAUCUCAGUAUCACACUUGUUUCAUUUACAGGGAAACAAAACAUUCUAGUUUUGUCUUAGAGCUUGUUUUGCAUUUGUAUGAAAAUCACACCAAGAAUUUCCCUUGAUUUAGAACAAAAUACUAAGAUUAAAAAACACACAUAUGUAAGCUAGAGCAGAGAAAAUUACAUUAACCAUUCUAUAAAAGCAUGCUAUAACCUUGCCUGGUAACUUGUUUUUAAAUGUUCUUCGUGGUUAACACAGCUGUACUUUUACUUUAUGUAGAAAUGGGAAGAAGAAACACCUGUCAUUUUCACUUCCUCUUAGUGUGUUAUAAGACUUUCUAGUGAUCCUCCUGCAUAGGUGCUCAUUUGUGCUCAUGCAGGUCCUGAAACAAGUGUAGCGUCCACAUUUGAUCCCCAAUAUCAAGACAAAAAUGCAAUAUUUUUAAGAAGAGUAUAUUUUCUUUCUGGGAUAAAGACCGUGGAAGGACACUUGGCACCCUGAGGCAAAGGCAGGCUGAGAGACUGCGCUUCAAACCUGAGGUAGGAAGAUGUUUGCGUCUGAGGAGUAUGAUUUAUUUAUGAUUAUAGAAUAAGGGUACGAUGCUCUCUUUUAAAUUUAUUAUUUUCUGUUUGGAGAUCAAUACAUGGACCUCCUUACACAGAAGUCAAAAUAGAUCAUGAAUAAGACCCUCCAGGUUCAGUUGAAACCUUUGAUAAAAGUUCUGUCAUGUAGUAUCCAAUCAUGGUUUCUUUAUGUGCUUUAAAUUCAUAAUUAAUUCCUCUCGUUCAUGGUUGAACUUUGUGUAACUGUAAACACUCAAAUCUAGGAAAGACAUUUAGUAAAGUGCUAAAUAUAUUAAGUAUAUUACACAUUUUUACUACUCUACCCUUAGUAUGGAUUUCUGUUUCAUAUGAAUUUAUUAAAGUUAAUGAGAAAAAUGUCUCUGUUACUCCCAUGUAUUUAUCAGGAUAAAGAGCUUAUAAAAAUGAAACACUUUUGAGCUUUAUAUUAUAUAAAUUCCAAACACAAAUUACCCUAAUACAAAGAGUCAAAGAGCUGAUUCAGUUCUGUAUAUACAGUAUAAAAGUAGUAUUUAUUAUUUAUUUAUCAUAAAAAAGCUUUUAUUUUGGUAGUGUACAAAGAAUCUACUUAACUGACACUAACAAGUACCAGCAUUUUUAGACUUAAAACAAAUUAAUCAGAAAUAGCUAAUUGCUGAUGAUUAAGCUUGCUUUUGUGGGUCAUUAAGAGACACAGACACAAUCCAACAUUUCCUCGCAGAAGCUUAAAUGCAAGUGAAAGUUUAGGUAGUAAUUUAUGUUAGACUGCUCUCUAAAUAGGUAUUUGUAUUUCGAUGUCAGAGGUACCAUGAAUGCCUUUAGUUUCGUGCUGAUUAUGGCGCCCCCUGUGGACAAAGCGGUACAUCUUAUGUCAAUGCUCAUUCUGUCCUAUAUACAGUAUAUGAAAAUAAGAAACUCAACCUGCUGCCUUAUAACAGCUAUAUGUAUCCUUAACUACGAAUGUGUGCUGUGAUAUAAAAAAGCCGUUCUGGCAGCAUAACUUUAAUACUUUUAUCUGACACUCUCAGAGUGGUGGGAUUUGCAGGUACUUAUUAAAUAAAAUACAAAAAUAAACAGUCUUGUUGCUAAUGGUCUCAUUUUCUCUUACGGAAGCAUCACUUUUAAUUCCAGUCUGUUUUACAACCAGCUCAGAUCUCCUCACAGAAGCUUUAAUAAAUAAAUGUAUUGAACCACUUCCACCCUAUUAUGUAAAAUAAUGAUAUGCAGUGUGUUUCGUAACUUGUCAAACAGCUCCUGAGUGUACUCUCUCUUGCAGCCAUGCUUUGUGAAGGCAGACUGUUGAGCAUGACCUAUGGUGAAUUGGAUCUGGAUCCCCUGUGUCCUCAGCAGACUCUCCAGAGUACUUACAGGCUGCCUAAAGCAGCUCCUACCUUCAUACCCGGCCCCAGCAGACACACUCCAAUCGCUCAUCAUGACUCCCCCAAGCAGACGGGUCCUCCAUCAGAGGAGUUGUACAUUUCUCUGCUGCAGUCCUUGGAUCUCCACAGACAGGUCUCCCCAGAGAUCGAGAUCCCAGCUCAGGCCUGUUCAGGAGUGGAUUCCCCUUUUCUGGUUCCCUCUUUCUGUCAGAGCUUCUGCCAAAAUUACAGUGACCUCCAUAUUGGGGGUGACCAGGUUCUGCCUCUCUUGGCCAACGAUGGUGAUCUCCGUGUUGGCACUGAUGUCCAGGCUGUAGGCCCUUUCCUCCAGUCAUGUGACGUCCUCCCAGCUGUCGAAGACUCCCCUCCUGGACAGAUGCCUCAGACUGAGAUUCUGCACCCGCUGAGGGGAGGCUCAAACCGCUGGAGGCAGGGAAGCAAUCGGAGCUUUUUGUUCCAGGGCCGUGAAGGUCCAUUCUCCAACUCUCUCCUGAACCACUACCUGGAGCAGAAAGUCCUGGAUUUAUACCAGCUGUACAUGAUGGAGGAUAUGGCCAAGGAAAAACCUGGUGCAGGUCCGGUUUGCCCCAUGCUGUGCUCAGAGCUGGUUAUGACAAGCCUGGACCAGAUCACAUUGCAGCUGAGCCGAGAGGGGAACCUGGAGGCUGGUCUUGCCAAGGACAUGGUCCUGAGCUGCUUGCUGCGUGUGGCAGGUGACAUGCAGUCAAGUGAGAUCAGCACUCCUUUUCUGCAGAUUUCAAACGAGGAGUCCAGGGAGCCGCUGGAGGAAGAUAAAGAGGAGUAACCUCAGUGUCAAGGCACUAAGCCACCCAAUUCUGCCUUUUUAUUUUAGCCUUAUUACCACCAGACAAGACACAGUCACAUUUCAUUCAUUUUUAUCUUUUAUAAGCUGAAGUGGAUGGUGGUGAAAGCAAAUUCUGAAUGUGAUUACAGGAAAUUUGAGCUGUACGCAUGUGCUAUCAUUUUAGAGAGCAGUCAUGGUGGUGUUUGUACAUGAUCAUGUACUGUGGGUGUGUAGUUUUCGAUCUUUAGAGGACAAUAAACACAGGAAGUAAAAAAUGAAA